GCAGGCACCGCCGCGCAAUCUUUGGCGAUGGUUGAGUGCAGCGGCAGUUGUGGCUGUUGGCUCUUUGCACGUCCUGCCGUGGCUGCCCUUUAUCGAGUGGUACAACUUCCUGCCCAUGCAGAGCAGAGAUUGGCUACAGGUGGUGGACUCCGUUGCAUGUUUCGGCAUGGUUCCUUCGGAGUACCAGACCAUACUGCAACACCUGGCAUGGCACCUGGAGGGAACCGUUUUCAAGUGGACCGCCUGGUUGAUGGUGGGUCGGAUUGUUGCGCUGGACAGGCGUUCGUCCCUGGGCAUAGCACAUCCGAAUAGACUGGUAAACAUGGCGACCGUCUGCUUCCACGCGAGAGUCGUCACAGAGACGUUUUUCGAUUCUACGCCGAUGUCCUUCCUGAUGCAGCUGGUUUUUGCUGUGGCCUUUGUGACUAUCUGGAUGGCCAUCAGCUUGCGAACAAUGGCGUGCUUGGGCAAGAGCCUGAGGGUCGUGCAGAAGGAAGCCCGGAAGGUGACCGGUGCGCCGCAGGCCGAAGCCCAAUGGGCUAAGAAGGUCCUGAAGUUCGAGUUGGCCGCAUGCAUGUGCCUUACCUUCACCUGCACGACGCUCUGGUGGAUACCCCAUCAAGUUCUCCUUUGGGGCGCUGGACAACAGACAGCAGACAGCGUACUCCUCGUCCCCAUGAUCGUCGCACACAGACUCAACAUGCUGGUCAAAGCUGCUUCGGCAGCUACUCUCAGCGGAUUGCUUUGGCAUUUUCAGGCUCCACAGACGGCGCCGACGAGCAAUCUGCACAUACAGAUACACGGUCCGCAGCAAGGAGAUGCAGAAAUCUGGUCGCAGAAGGUAGACGAGCUCGCCCACCGUGCCAUCAGCCUGGAAUCUCUGCUUCGCUUCUGGGGAGAGCUUCCAAAG